AUGGGAAGAGUAGAGGAAAAUCUUGAGGAAGUGAACUAUACUAUCAUGAGGGAAGGUACUCAAUUGAGCCAAAAGCAAAGGGAAUCUCUUAUUAGUUCUAUCACUGAGAAGGAAAUCAGAGAUGCCCUAAGUGGUAUAAUAGGUGAUAAUAAAACCCUUGGUAUAGAUGGAUAUGGGGCUAGUUUCUUCAAGAAUGCAUGGCAUAUAGUGGAAGUUGAUGUGUGCAAAGCUAACAAGGGGUUUUUUACCCAUGGGAGACUACAUAGAUGUUUCAAUUGUACAGUUGUAGCAUUGAUUCCUAAUAAUGUAGAGGCAAAAAUUAUUAAAGAGUAUAGGCCUAUAUCUUGUUGCACUACUAUCUACAAUAUAAUAUCAAAGAUACUUACUUGCAGACUUGGAAAGGUGAUUAGUCAUUUAGUAGCAAAAAAUCAAACUGCCUUUGUAAAAGGUCAACAUCUAUGUGACCAUGUGCUACUGGCCUUUGAACUUUUGAAAGGAUAUGAUAGAAACCAGUCUACUCCCAAGUGCAUGAUGCAAAUUGAUUUGCAAAAAUCCUACGACAUGGUUGAUUGGAGAGCUUUAGAGAAAGUUCUUUAA